GGUUGGGAGGAAGAUUCCAGACGGUUCUGGAAGCUCAAGUCAGGAUUUCUCGAACGGUCGGUGAGGGUACUAAAGCAGCCAAGCCGCCCUGUCCGCACCAGACAGCUCUCUAACCGGAUAGUCUGCGAGCGAGCCGACGGCCACACGUUUCUUAACGGAGGUUUCGAUUCACUGAGGACCAAGAUGCCUGAAUCGCACGACCAACCAAUGGAGGAGGAGGCUGAGACUUUUGCAUUCCAGGCUGAGAUUGCUCAGCUGAUGUCCCUGAUCAUCAACACUUUCUAUUCCAACAAAGAGAUCUUCCUCCGGGAGCUUAUCUCCAACUCCUCAGAUGCCCUGGACAAAAUCCGCUAUGAAAGUCUCACCGACCCUUCCAAGCUAGACUCUGGCAAAGACCUAAAAAUCGAGCUCAUUCCCAACAAAGAGGAACGCACCCUGACCCUGAUUGACACAGGUAUCGGCAUGACCAAGGCUGACCUGAUCAAUAACCUGGGCACAAUCGCCAAGUCCGGCACCAAGGCUUUCAUGGAGGCUCUGCAGGCUGGAGCCGACAUCUCCAUGAUCGGUCAGUUUGGUGUUGGUUUCUACUCUGCCUACCUCGUGGCCGAGAAGGUGACGGUGAUUACUAAGCACAAUGACGAUGAGCAGUACGCCUGGGAAUCAUCUGCUGGAGGCUCCUUCACAGUUAAAGUGGACACCUCUGAGCCCAUGGGGCGUGGCACCAAGGUGAUCCUGCACUUGAAAGAAGACCAGACGGAAUACCUCGAGGAACGACGAAUCAAAGAGAUUGUGAAAAAGCACUCUCAGUUCAUCGGCUAUCCAAUCACACUCUUUGUGGAGAAAGAGCGUGACAAGGAGGUGAGUGACGACGAGGCAGAGGAGGAGGACAAGGAGAAAGACAAGGAUGAAGAGGAGGACAAGGAUGAGGACAAGCCCGAGAUUGAGGAUGUUGGGUCUGACGAGGAGCACGACCAUGACAAGUCUGGUGACAAAAAGAAGAAGAAGAAGAAGAUCAAGGAGAAGUACAUUGACCAGGAAGAGCUGAACAAGACCAAACCCCUGUGGACCCGCAAUCCUGAUGACAUCACUAAUGAGGAGUAUGGAGAGUUCUACAAGAGUCUUACCAAUGACUGGGAGGACCACCUGGCUGUCAAGCACUUUUCAGUAGAGGGUCAGCUGGAGUUCCGCGCCCUGCUCUUUGUGCCUCGUCGCGCACCCUUCGACCUCUUCGAGAACAAGAAAAAGAAGAACAAUAUCAAGCUGUACGUCCGCAGAGUCUUCAUCAUGGACAACUGCGAUGAGCUCAUCCCUGAGUACCUCAAUUUCAUCAAGGGUGUGGUGGACUCUGAGGAUCUGCCCCUGAACAUCUCCAGAGAGAUGCUGCAGCAGAGCAAGAUCCUGAAGGUCAUCCGCAAGAACCUGGUCAAGAAGUGCCUGGAACUCUUCACUGAACUCGCAGAGGACAAGGACAACUACAAGAAGUGCUAUGAGCAGUUCUCCAAGAAUAUCAAGCUUGGCAUCCACGAGGAUUCCCAAAACAGAAAGAAGUUGUCUGAGCUGCUGCGCUACUACACCUCAGCUUCUGGAGAUGAGAUGGUUUCCCUUAAGGACUAUGUCACACGUAUGAAGGACAGCCAGAAACACAUCUACUAUAUCACUGGUGAGACCAAAGACCAGGUGGCUAACUCUGCCUUCGUGGAGCGCCUUCGCAAAGCCGGCCUAGAGGUCAUUUACAUGAUCGAGCCCAUCGAUGAGUACUGCGUCCAGCAACUGAAGGAGUUUGAGGGAAAGAACCUGGUUUCAGUGACCAAAGAAGGCCUGGAGCUGCCUGAAGACGACGAUGAGAAGAAGAAGCAGGAGGAGAAGAAGGCUCAGUUCGAGAACCUGUGCAAGAUCAUGAAGGACAUCUUGGAAAAGAAGGUUGAGAAGGUCACAGUCUCCAACCGCCUGGUCUCGUCCCCCUGCUGCAUCGUCACCAGCACUUACGGCUGGACGGCCAACAUGGAGAGGAUCAUGAAGGCCCAGGCUCUGAGGGACAACUCCACCAUGGGCUACAUGGCUGCUAAAAAACACCUGGAGAUCAACCCUGACCACCCCAUCGUGGAGACACUGAGGCAAAAGGCUGAGGCUGAUAAGAACGACAAGUCUGUGAAGGAUCUGGUCAUCCUGCUCUUCGAGACUGCCCUGCUGUCUUCAGGAUUUACUUUGGAUGACCCUCAGACACACUCCAAUCGCAUCUACAGAAUGAUCAAGCUGGGUCUUGGUAUCGAUGAAGAUGAUGUGACACCAGAGGACGUCACCUCUGCUCCCACUGAGGACAUGCCCCCUCUUGAAGGGGAUGAUGACGACACAUCCAGAAUGGAGGAAGUGGACUAGUCCUCUUCCUAUUGCUGCUGGCUAGCAUUCAGAUGUAAUGUAAUAAAGUUUAAAGUUUACUGUUGAAAAUCAGCCUGGAGUGUCCCCACCCCUCUGAAAACCCUUUUUGACCAAAUUCACUUUAUUUCCCCUUCCAUCAGAUGACAGUUCAGAUUCAUUCCUUGUUAGAACUUUAUUUUUAAACUUGUCACUUUUUGUAUUUUGAGUUUUAUGAAUUAAUGUAUUUGUUUUUGUAUUUUUUUGACAUUCCAAUGUUCUUUGCGUGUACUUUAACUGUAAAUAUGUCAAAAGUUGACCCAUAAAUAAAGAUUUACCAUGUUAACAAGUCAA